AUUUGACUUGUAGAGUUGCUUUGCCAGUGUUCGCUCUCGCUUCGCUUGCCCUUUCUCUGUUUCUAAGGUCAUAUUAAAGGCUCAGCUAGCUUCAGCCCGUUACAAUUUAUGUCUUCAGUCAUUUUUAAUUCUUCAUUAAAUUUGCAUCAUUUGUAUUCUUCAAGUUUGGAUCGUCACAGACGAAUUGUUAGAAUGUCUGCUGUUGAAACCAAAAAUCCCAAUACAUUGUUCCAAUCAAUGACUAUAAAGCCUCCAUCUCAUCCUACCUAUGAUUUAAAGGGCGUCAUUAAGCUAGCUCUUGCUGAAGAUUCUGGGGAUAGAGGAGAUGUGACUUGUACAGCAACCAUUCCUUUUAACAUGGAAGUGGAGGCCCAUUUUUUGGCAAAAGAGGAUGGUAUCAUAGCAGGAAUUGCUUUAGCAGAGAUGAUAUUUCAUGAGGUUGAUCCAUCUCUGCAGGUGGAAUGGUCUCGGAAGGACGGUGAUUAUGUUCAUAAAGGACUGCAAUUUGGAAAAGUCUCUGGACGAGCACACAAUAUUGUUGUAGCAGAAAGGGUGGCAUUGAAUUUUAUGCAGAGGAUGAGUGGAAUAGCAACACUAACUAAGGCAAUGGCAGAUGCUGCAAGCCCUGCAUUUAUUUUAGAGACUCGAAAAACAGCUCCAGGUCUACGUUUGAUUGAUAAGUGGGCGGUGCUAAUUGGUGGAGGUAGAAAUCAUAGAAUGGGUUUAUUCGAUAUGGUAAUGAUAAAAGAUAAUCAUAUAUCAAUAGCAGGGGGUAUCAUAAAUGCCAUUAAAUCUGUUGAUCAGUAUUUAGAGCAAAAGAACCUUCAAAUGGAGGUUGAGGUUGAGACCAGAACACUUGAGGAAGUAAAUGAGGUGUUACAUUACACAUCACACACACAGACUUCCUUGACCCGGAUAAUGUUGGAUAAUAUGGUUAUACCACUGCCAAAUGGAGAUGUUGAUGUAUCUAUGCUUAAAAAUGCUGUGGAAUUGAUCAAUGGAAGAUUUGAGACUGAGGCAUCAGGGAAUGUUACUCUUGAAACAGUGAGCAAAAUUGGACAGACUGGUGUAACAUACAUUUCUAGUGGUGCACUGACACAUUCUGUAAGAGCACUUGACAUCUCUCUCAAAAUCGAUACAGAGUUGGCGCUUGAAGUUGGAAGGCGCACAAAACGAGCAUAAUCAUAAUUUUCGUCUCAUUUUCUUUUGGUUAAGCACUGAAGAGAAUGGCAAGUUUCUUUCAUUCUGUUUGCAGCUGAUUUUCUUCACAUUACUGGUAUUGAUUCCGGAGUACUUGUGAAUACUGGAGUCAUCGGUCUAACAGUUGGCAUUAUAGUUAUAGCCGGAUGGCAAUGGGUAGCUACUAGCUAGAUUUGUCCUCGGCCGACUCGACUCCAGGCCUUGUUCUAGAUGGUUUUGGUUUGAUUCCAUAAUUUUUUUUUUUUAUAUAUAUAAACGUAUAAUUUGAAAUGA